AGAGACCACCUAAGAAACAUGUAGUGGAGGAGUUUGAGGAGUUUGACUACAGUGACCUCUACGAGGACAUUUCAGUUUCCACGGUGACGGCAGGUUCCAAUGUCACUGAAUAUGAGAUUGUAGAUUACGAAGACUAUGACAACACAACAGAUUACUACCAUGUGAAUGAAUAUGAAUAUGAGGAAGAAUACGAUGAUCGCUACGGACCGGCCGAGAGAGAACGCGAGUACUCUCUAAAUGCAGAGGACAUACCAGAGAAAGGACAGAAAGGAGAGCCAGGCAUCUUGGGACCGGGCACACAGAUUACAGGACCACACGGGCCGCCAGGACCUGAGGGAGAGCCAGGACCCUCCGGAGUCACAGGACUAGUGGGACCUCGGGGAGAACCCGGGGAGCUGGGCCCUCCUGGGCGGCCAGGCCUUAAUGGAGCUGAUGGGAUACCGGGUCCCCCAGGAAACAUUAUGCUCAUACCGUUCCAGUCAGGUGGGGAUCCAAAGACAGGCACUGCAGUUUCUGCACAGGAGGCACAGGCUCAGGCCAUCCUGCAGCAGACCAAGUUGGCUAUGAAGGGACCCCCAGGGCCACUCGGCCUCAGGGGACGACCUGGACCACUGGGUGCACCUGGUACUUCUGGGCUGAAGGGGAGCAGCGGGGAUAUGGGGCCGAAGGGUCCUCCAGGACUGCCAGGUAUCGCAGGUCAGAACGGACGACCCGGGAAAAGGGGUCGAGGAGGUGCAGAUGGGGGUCGCGGUGCAAUAGGAGAGACUGGAGCAAAGGGGGAUCGAGGGUUUGAUGGCUUGCCGGGUCUCCCAGGAAACAAAGGGCAUAAAGGGGACAGGGGUAAGCCGGGCCCUCUAGGUCCUCCUGGAGAGCCGGGAGAAAAGGGCUCUGAGGGGCCAUCUGGGCCAAGAGGACAGCCAGGUGAUGCUGGUUCCAGAGGUCUGAAUGGCCCCAGAGGUCGUCCUGGUCCCCCAGGCCAGCCUGGCAUCAGAGGAAUUGACGGGGUUCAAGGCUCAAAAGGAAACAUAGGACCCCUUGGAGACAUCGGAGCCCCUGGACAGCAAGGCAACCCUGGGAUUGUGGGUUUUCCUGGACCUCAGGGGUUAGUAGGGCUUCCAGGAGAGAAGGGGCCUCAAGGGAAGAAAGGGAUGCAGGGAUUACCUGGAAAUGACGGGCCCGGGGGUCACCCCGGAAGAGAAGGGACUCCAGGUGAAAAAGGACUGCCGGGUCCCUCAGGAGUGCAGGGGCCUGUAGGAUACCCUGGACAACGAGGAGUCAAGGGAGCAGAUGGAAUCAGAGGAUUAAAGGGAAGCAAAGGCGAAAAGGGAGAGGAUGGUUUCCCAGGGGCCAAAGGGGAGAUGGGAGCAAAAGGGGAUCUUGGAGACAAUGGAGUUCCUGGUGGCCGAGGAGAAGACGGGCCUGAGGGGCCCAAAGGACAGAUGGGUCCUCAAGGAGACGCUGGCUCUGCUGGUGCUCCUGGAGAGAAGGGGAAGCUGGGAGUUCCUGGGCUGCCAGGAUAUCCAGGUCGACAGGGGCCGAAGGGCUCUGAUGGAUUUCCUGGUGCAGUGGGAGCUCCAGGAGAGAAAGGGAAGAAAGGUCCUGCAGGACAGCCAGGAGGUGCAGGCCAGAGGGGUCCAAAUGGUGCACGAGGUGGCAGAGGGGCAAAAGGGCCAACAGGGAAACCUGGAGAAAAGGGCGCCUCAGGACAUGAUGGACCUCCCGGCUCUCCUGGAGAAAGGGGACCUCAAGGGCCACAAGGAAGGAAUGGAGAGGCAGGACCUAAAGGAUCAGCU